UUCCAAGCCAAGCAUGGAUGGAGCCAGGCUUCCCCUGACCUGUUCUACUCUGCCCCCAAAUGCUGCCUGGCCAUGGAGCAGGUGAGAGCACAUUCUCUACUAUCACAGAUCUGGGUUCAAGUCCCAGCUCUGCACUUGAGAACUGUGUUAUCCCCCAGCAAGUGAUUUAAUCUCCAAGCUCUCAGUUUCCUUAACUCCAAAAUGGGACCAUUUUAGGAUUGGGAGAUUGGAUGCUUAUGAUGUACCAGGUCUGCUCAGGGUGAAAAGCUGGGGUCCUGUCUUCCAGCCCCCAUUCCCAGUUCUCACACAUGCAGAUUCUGGGAGAUCAAGACAUGAAGGCCACCUUGACCCCCUGGGCCAGCAUUUCUUCUCCUGAUCACCUCUCACCAGCAAGGCCUCUGACCCUGCUCUCUGUCCUACCUGCUAUGCCAGGACCUAUGCUCCAAAGACCUCUUCAACGUGGUUUCUGUGGAAGAUCAGCCUGGUGAGCUGACUGGAGAGAGCUAUUCUGUGCCCCCACCCCAGAACUCUAUCCAGACCAGUUCCCUACCUGCCCUCUUAUGUAUAAGGGCUCUAAUCCUCCACGGACUUCUCCACAGGAUGAAAAGUGAAGGAAGGGCCCAGCUUCCCUGCUAUGCUUAUUUUGUCUAGAACUUGGAGCCAGUUAUCUAACAAUCCAAGCUAACCCAUACUUUGUGGGCAUUUCUGUAGGCCCAGAACCUUCCUGGCAUCAGCUCCAACCUUGGGCUUCUGGUGGGGUCUGUUUGCCCAUUGUGUAUGUUACAAGAUGCAGUUACAUGGCCCAUCCUUGGGCUGUCAUUUUGCUUAAAGAUGGUAGAUGUUGGGCGCCUGGGUGGCUCAGUCAUUAAGCGUCUGCCUUUGGCUCAGGUUAUGAUCCCAGGGUCCUGGGAUUGAGCCCAGCAUCCGGCUCCCUGCUCGGCGGGAAGCCUGCUUCUCCCUCUUCCCUGCUUGUGUUCCCUCUCUCGCUGUCUCUCUCUCUGUCAAAUAAAUAAAUAAAAUCUUAAAAAAAAAAAAAAAAAAAGAUGGUAGAUGUUAGCACCUCUCAGGCCUGAAGUGAAGGCCUAGGGAUGGAGAUUAAAUAAGCCCUUCAUUCUGAUCUGCUGCCUUGGGCCGCGCUCUUUGCUCUGGGUACUUUGUGCACUCUGACCUCCAGACCACAGGCUUGUACUUCUCUUCUGGGCAGAGCUUCAGGGAAGUAUAAGGCCGUCUUAACCACAUGAGAUGUCCUAGACUGAUCUCAGCAGAGUUCCGAGUGGGCGGAGGCCAUAGGUGGAGCUGUGAGUUAGGGCAGUUCCUGGGAGCCUGGCUGAGAGGGCUGGGGCCAGGCACCAGUGGGGAUGGUGUUGCCCUUGGGCAGCAGAGCUUGGUCGCACAGGCCUGUGGAAGGCUCUGGAGGAGAGAGGCUAGUCUGUACUGGGUUAAGGAACGGGCCACGGUGUGGAAGUGUAGAGUGAGUGUGGUCUACAGGUGUAGAUAGAUAGUUAAAAAUCCUUCAGUGAGUUGGGGAGAGAGAGGCCGUGUUGAGCUGCUGGCCCAGUGAUGAGUUCUUGGAAAGCCCCAGGAAGCCUUUUGAGGUGAAUGGGGACAUUAUUCCCCUUCCGUCUAACCAUCUAACCAGCCUCACUUCACACCCACCUGUCAGUCCAGGGUCUGUGCACCCUAUGGCUUGCCUCCUCACAGGGCUACCGAAUGGCAGGACUGGGCCGCAGGCCCAUAGCCUCUCAGUCCCGCCUGCCCUGCCUGCCCCGCCUGCCCGGCUUAUGGCAGGUUUAUGAUGUUUUUCUCCCUCCUGAGUGGUGUUUGGCUUUUGGUUUCUAUGGUGAAGCAGGAAUUUCCUAAUGGCCUGUUUCCCAUCUGGGCUGGGCAGACAUUGGUGAUGACUCUGCCGGCAGCAAGAGGGGAGGAGCACCCCUCAAAGCCUUUAUGUCACCUCCCCCAGAGCCCAUGGAUGCCUGACCUCCAGGCCAGGCCAGAGGCUGUGGAUGGAAGAGGAUAAGCAGAUGGGCUCCUCACUGAUCAAUGUACCUGAAGGCAGGAGCUGGCCUGGUGCCCCAGAGGACAGCAAGGCUCAGACACAAAGGAUCCACACUGACCAUGAGGCCCAGGAUGGCAGUCCAGCGACCAGCAGGAGGCCCUCAGCCACCGGGAUUGGGCUAGAAGAUGGCAGGCCAGGCCUGGGACCUCCUUAUGGGCAGCCAUCUCACCUCCCAUUCCAUCACAAUGGCAGCAGCAAUGAGGCUACCUUACUGACCCAAAUGAGCACCCUGCAUGUGUCUCCACUUCACAGGGGGAAGGCUGGUACCACAACCGUGUCCCUUGGUGCAUCUCUUUUGCCCAGCGCGGACACAGCCAGAGGCCUCCCACGGAGCCGUGACUGCGGCGUGGACCUGGGCUCAGAGGUGUACAGGAUGCUGCGGGAGCCGGCCGAGCCCUCGGCUGCGGAGCCCAAGCAGUCAGGCUCCUUCCGCUACUUGCAGGGCAUGCUAGAGGCCGGGGAGGGCGGGGAGCGGCCUGGCUCCAGCGGCCCCCGCAACCUCAAGCCCACGGCCAGCAAGCUGGGCGCUCCGCUGAGUGGCCUGCAAGGACUGCCCGAGUGCACGCGCUGCGGCCACGGCAUAGUGGGCACCAUCGUCAAGGCGCGGGACAAGCUCUACCACCCUGAGUGCUUCAUGUGCAGCGACUGCGGCCUGAACCUUAAGCAGCGCGGUUACUUCUUUCUGGACGAGCGGCUCUACUGCGAGAGCCACGCCAAGGCGCGCGUCAAGCCACCCGAGGGCUACGACGUGGUGGCGGUGUACCCCAAUGCCAAGGUGGAACUCGUCUGAGCUGCUUCCGGAACCUCCCGUCCCCGCUUCUGCUUUUAAUGCCCCGGCGCGGCCCAUGUAAAUAUGUGUUUGCCCCCUGCCUCUCUAAUAAAUUCCCUCUGUUCGGCCUUGAA